CUUUCACUUUGUUCCAACAGUGAAACUUCAACCAACAUGAGUCGAACACGACUUAUCGAAAUAUAACUUAAAUAAAUGAAGAUAAAUUGUAAAAAUGAACAUCAAAUUUAGUCACGUUAUACCAAAGUUUAUUCUUCUAUUAGUUUUGUUAACUGAGGCGACAAACUGUCUAGUACUGCGAGCGUACAUAUCCCAACAUGGGCUCCAUGGAGAGAUCGAGUUCUCGCAGAAGAACGAGACCCUCAUCAGCAUCAGAACCAACCUGAAGCCGACCCUGCAGUACCCUGACGGCGUCUGGCGAUGGACCGUACACGAGUUUCCAGUCGACUACAGGGAUAUCUCUGAAACACGAUGCUCUGAAGCCAAUCUUGGAAGGGAACUGAUAGAUCUCACAGAAGAAUUAGGUUAUCUCAUAAUCCCAGGAAAAGACCAUGCGGAAUUUGAAAGCAGAAAUAGCCUAACUGGAAUAAAUGGACUCUGGGGGAAAAGUAUAGUAUUCGAAACUGCAGAAAGAGAUAGAGUUAUAUGCGCUUCUAUUCUGUCAACAGAAAUGCAGUAUGAGAAACAUGCUAUGGUUAAAUUUACGUCGCCUAUAGCAGGAACUUUACACUUUAGGUGGUUGAUAGCUCCUGAAUUUGAUGAAGCCGAUUCUUAUAUUCAAGCAGAUUUAUAUCAUAUUAAAGCUAUACCCGAUAAAGUGCAACUGACUGAGCAUAAAUGGAAGCUAUUUGUGACGGAUAUUUUCGAUUCGGACAGAGGCAACCAUGAAGAUAAUUGCAAUAUUCUACAAUUAGUUUUUGAUCCUGAUAAUAGUGGAGAUGGAAUGAGUGUAGGCGAUUUAGAUGCUCGUCUUGGGCUUGUGAAGGUAGCAACUGAUGGAAAAAUAAAAAAAGUGAAGACGUUGUACAAGAAUGAAGUGUUGAACGUGUUGAGAAGUGACAUGGAGGUGACGAAGCGUAGUUUGUAUGUUGUGAUAUAUGAUCAUCGGCAUUCUGAUAGCUUCCUAGCUUGUGCCAAGUUGAGGCCGAUGGAUCCAAGGAGUACAAAGACGAUUAUAAACAUGGACGGAAUCAAAGGCACAAUCGACUUCUCCCAGCGUUCCCCAUUCGACCCGACCUGGGCUGACUUCAAACUGGGCUCCUCUGACGAGGACUACGAGUCCAACCUGCGGUUUGUCAGCUCCAUGCUCCAGUACAACAUCAGAGAACUACCCCCGAGGCUUCUGGACGCCAGUCGUAUCAACGACAUCUGUAAUACAACGGGAGACUUGUAUAACCCAACGAAGAUUGAGCUUCAAAAUGUGCCACCUCCAGGCCUUGGAACCCAAGACCAGUAUCCCGUGGGAGACCUCCUGGGGAAGUACAAGGACCGGACAGAGUACCUCAAUCACAAGUACUUGCUGCCAGGGUUGGCUAACGAACUGAGCGGGUCCUACUGGGACGUCUUCCUGCCUCUUCAGGGGGUACAUAGUGUGGUGCAUCGGGGACUAGCGUUGGUUAGGCGAUCGAAACGUGAGCUGUGCGGCACGAUCCUCCCCUACCAGUACGGCACCGACUACCAGGUGCAGCUAACCUCAGCUGAGGUCAUCUUCCGGUACCCCAUCGUCAGCAGGGUCAUAUUAAGGCAGCCCAUGAACAAGCACUGGGAAGACACCACGAUUAUCAUCGAGAGCAUGAUCCACGCCGACGGUUCAAAUGUGAACAACACCUUCGAACACCGCUGGGCCAUCCACGACAAACCUCCAGGCGCUGACUUCUACAAUUGGACGGCAAGGUGCCUCAGCGCUGGCAAGGUGUACGAGCCACAUGGCAUAGACAUUGAUACUAGGCAUCCUGAUGAUUACUGCAAGCCGGGAUUGGAAGGUCUUUGCAGAGUUGGGGAUUUUACCACAAGACACGGCAUGCUGGCCGUGGCCGGUAAGAAGGCAAACAGCGCUCGACUCACGCGCAGACUGUUCACGGAUACCGUCAUAGCUCUGGCGGGAAAGUUCUCCAUCAUGAGGAAGUCGCUGGUCAUUUAUGAUGACCACGGGCCGGUCGCCAGGGGAGAGAGGAUGGCUUGUUCUGUCGUGGGCAGCCUCAACCGCCGCAAAGCCGUGGUCCGCGACUGGUUCGGUAACGGCGAGCCGACGGCGCUCUCCGGCAGACUGGAGCUGACGCAGCAGUCCGAGUACGACCUCACCAACGUCCAGGUCAUGCUCGACGGCCUGAAUGACGUCAAGAACUAUAAGAUACAUGUGGUGCCAGUUGAAAGAGAAUUGGAGUUUCCUUGCGAGAAGACUACACUUUAUGACGCUUUCAAUCCUUUCAAUGUUAAUAAGUUGCUCAGUCCACUGCCAACUAAAGGAACAGCAGACCAGUACGAGCUCGGCGACCUCGGCAGCAAGUACGGUCUACUGGACGACUUCAAGAGUUACGAGGCUGCUUACAACGAGACACAGGUCUCCCUGUACGGGCCCUACAGCAUUAUAGGGCGCUCUGUUGUGUUGCAUAAGAAGAGCAAAGAUCGUCGCUUCGCCUGCUCCUCCGUCGAGCGCGGCUACAGCCCCUCAGAAGCCCGGGAGAUCCGAGGCAUCGCGUCAUUCCACCACCCUGGCGGCUUUGCGUAUGGGUACAUCAGAAUGACUCAGCUGAUACACAAUGACGGCAGCGCCAGUGACACUGUUAUUGAAGUCAAAUUGAGGCACCCUGGAGUUAGGGAUCGAAAUCUUACAAUGAACCACAAUUGGAACGUCUUCGUCAACCCGGUCGGCGUGGACGCUGCAGUGAAGGUGACCAACACGCGAUGCGUAGCGGCCGGUUACCGGUGGAACCCCUACUUUACACAAUUGGCUGAUCCGCUAAAUCAUGACCUUUACAACCAAGAGUGUGGUGCGGACAAUCCCCUACGAUGUGAUGUAGGAGACCUCACUGCAAGAUUAGGGACCAUAAACAUCGGCGGCGACCGACAGAUGUUCGUGGACAGCAACCUGCCGCUGGAGGGCCGGGUGUCGGCGAUGGGGCGCGCGGUCGUUAUCUUCGGGCCCGAGCGCAGCGCCGAGCGCUUCGCGUGCGCCAACAUCGAGCCCGACAAGGACAUUGUCAAGACUUUUAACAUCAACAAGCCGCCCAGAUUCGUUUUGGGCCAGUUCUUGUCAGAAGUCCGUCGCGUGAUGGGCGUGCCCGAGUGGAUGGUGGGAGUGGACUCAAGAAGAACUAAAGCAUUACACUCCGGCGCAUGUCUCCAAGUGUUGUUGCACUUCAGCGGACCGCAGGCGAACCGGCUAGAACUGGAUUUCACUAAGUUGUUGGCAUCAGGUCGUCUGGAAUCCCCCAGCAUCUUCAUCCCAGGGUUCGUUGACACCAAGCGCAAGAAGACCACCUCGUACAGACAGUGUGGGGUCACCGACCCCAACGAAACGAAAAAAACUUCCUUCUUCUCCCGGUCUCUGAACCCAUCUUCAAGUGUGCGGAUGUCAGCUACUGCUACGAUAAUAGUAGUGUUGUUAAGCAUACCAAUGUUAAUAAUACCUCGACAAAUAAAUUGAAGCAGGCUAAAAAUGUUCUAUGUAAGUUUAGCUUUUGAGAAUCAAUGAAUUAUGAAUGAUUCCGCUAUACAGAGUGUUACAAAAUAACUAUAUACACAAAAAGUGGUAAGAUGGUGCCUUAGUUAAAUUCUAUGCGAAGUUAUAAACACUUCUACGCAUAUAGGUAUUCUGUCAUACCCUUAGGCUAAAAUUGUCUGAAUUAUUGUAUUCUUGUUUGUUCAUACAUAUGUGUGCUUCUCACAAAAACAUAGAAUGCAAGUGCAUUUAGAAAGAUGCAAAGACUGAUUAAUGAAAUUGUGAAAAAUAGCUUUCAUUGUAAAUGUCCAUUUUAGUAAUGUAAGCAAUACUCAUUCCAUUUAGGUGCUGUUAUUAUACCAAAUGUACAAUAAAUUAUGUUUGUUAUAA